CAUAAAGACAUUUGAAUGUCGAUAAUGAUAGCAGUAACAUACUUAGUGAUUCAGAAUAAGCAUUUUUUGAGGAACAUUUUGAGUAUAAACAACACUUAAUUGUACACAAAGACAACAAAAUAACAGUAUGGGAAUUGUUUACAAGCAAUAAGGGUGGGAUUUGCGUGUUCUAAGGUCACUUUGUCAUUGUCACGGCUGUAGACCUGUUGGAUUCAGCUGAGGACAGUGGAACUACUAUGAGAGAAGGCACACAUGGCUUUUCUGAUAUGUGAGAACUCAGGAGAAAGUGUGAGUCGCUUAGAGAACUGCCUCCUGGAGAUGCAGUCUGAUAGGGAAGAGAGCCUUCGAACGAGGACAGAUGUUAUCUCUUCACUUAGAAAACGGUUGGAAGAACUUAAUACAGCUGAAGAGGAGAUGGUCAAUAGUUGCAGGACAGAAUUACGUGAAGAAUAUGAUGAAGUACGAGAAUCAAGCAAAAUAACCCUAGAUGACCUAAAGACUGACCUAGAAAAGAACAUUUCGGCAAUGGUUUCACAUGGGGCAAGACACGAAGAAUUGGAACUUCAACUUAGAAAGAAAAGGUAAGACAUAGAACUAUAUUAGAUGAUACCAAGAAGAAAAUGAAGCAUGUCAAGAGGAGUAACUGACAUUACUGAUAUGGCUCUCAGCACUGAUUUAUAUUUUAUUAUAUGAUAAGUAAUUAGUUAAGGAGCUAAGAUAAUCCUUUCUUUUUUAGAGAGAGAGAAAAAAAAAGAAUUAAAAUCUUUCAGGGUAAAUGCCUCAGCCCUAU